AUGAUGCAAAGGAGUAAAGGUUUUUGUCUACCUCUAGUCUGGAAUACCUGUUUUACACUCACUUGUCUCAUAAUGCUGAUUCACGACAAAGGUAAAUACUUUUACGGUUUCUUGUUAAAUUUAUAAAACCAUUUCUUUCUGAUGAAAAAAAAAACCAUGUUUUUGUGCGUAUCAUUGUACACCAUUUAUCAGUAUUAGUAUUAUGCUCUUGCUUUCCUUUGACGCCAAAUCUUACACCCGAAGAGCGAUUUCACUGUAGUUUCUCGUUAACAUAUUGAACCGCGGUGGUGCAAAUAGUCCCACUCAGUAAAUCGACAUUAUCACCUAAAAAAGACCUUCAGUAUGAGGUCGAAACGUUUCGAUGAUGUAACUGACUAUCGUACAGCAAACGAUAAAAAUGCUUGAUUUUGACCUUUAAGAGAUGACGUUACUUAUUAUUUAAGAGCUGAAAGAGAUAUUCUUGUUAUAAAAUAUUUUUGAAUAUGUAUAAAAAACGUUCAGCUGUUCUCUUAAUUGAUCCAUCAUUAAUUUGCCAGAUACUUACGACUUUUCAGAUGAUAACGUUGCAAAAAAAAAAAAAAAAAAGACAAUGAAUUUUUUCCAUGUCAAAUUUGGAUGUACUUUUUUUCUUUAAAUAACUCAGGCCCCGUCCACUCGAAUCCGGAUAUUUUUGAAACUGCACCCUUUUUUAUAUAUACAAGUUUAAUCGGUCUUCCGUCCACACGAAACCAGUGAAUCCGGGUUUGGUAAAUUCGUAUGCACCACUGAAACCGGGUAAUUUUGAAGUCAACUCCGUCAUAAACGCAGGUCCAGUCUUAAAAACUUUUAAGCUUAAAAUGGCGGCCAACAAUGUUCUGUUUGCAACUUCGCUGGCUCUUUUCGCCAGUGUUUUUGCAUGUGUACCGUUGAGAUCACUUUUACUAUUUUGACGAAAACAAUUAGCUAUUUCAAAAGAAGAUUUAAUAUAAUCUCAUCCAGGUUGUAGAAUCUUUUAGUUCAAGACGAAGGGUCGACAAACGAUUUCGGGUUGUUUCAGCGCGAACAAGUGCUUCGUGGGACAACGUAUAGUCAGGCCUGGCCAUUGUGCUAGAUACAGCUACUACAACAUUCAAAAUGCCUUGAAAUAUCACUCGGUUUACGCGUGCCUACUAGCUAGUAUUAAAUUAGCAAAUGUAAAUCACAGAAGCGUAUUCGUGUGGAUGGGUGAAUCCAAACGGAAACGCCAAACUCCGAAUUCUUGUUGACGAAAUAGAUAGAUUAAGCAUCGCCUUUUCGGCAAACGGCAAACAGCAAACGUGAAUUUGUACCACGUGACCAAGUUUCCCAUUUACUUAUCGUUUACUGCUCAUUAUAAUUACACGAAAAUCGGUCGAUUCACACCAAUUCUAUCCAUAAAAAUUGUUUUAAACUGUUUUUAUCCGCUCAUUUCUCAUUUUGAAAAUUUCUCAACUUGAAUCUCACGUUUGCCGUUUGCCGUAAACGCGAUGCCCAUAAUCUCUCUAAUAUCAAGUGUGCGGUUUCAGCGUAUCCGGAUUCGUGCGAGCGUGGCCUUACUCAAAAUAAGCUCAGAGCUUACGGAUUCUUCAGUACUGGUCCUAGAAUGACUUCUUUGACUUAAUAUUGUUUAGUUUCUUUGCUUUAAAUUCUAAGCCUCUACAGGAGCAAAUUAGAAGAAAGUGCGGAUGACGUCUUUAACUUAAUAAAUAUUAUUUUUUUAUUUUCUUUGCUUUAAACUUUAAGUCUCAGCAGGAGUGAGUUACAGGAAACUAGGAUGCUACAAGGACAACGGACAGAAGAAACGUCCUCUUCCACAGCUUCUAUUUACAGAUCGUCACUACCUGUCUCCUGUAUACAGUGGCAGGAAAUUUAUCAAGGAGAGCUUCGAUCGAUCUUAUCUUGAUGACCUGGUUGGACGAUGCGCCUCAAAAUGUAAACAGCUUGGUUACGAUGUUUUCGGGAUAGGGAAAUUUGGUAAGGGGGUUAAUGAGACGUUGACUCUUUCUCUCUCUAUUCUCUUUCCCCAUUUUAUGUCCAAGUCAUUAUAAUGGAAAUGAGCGUCAUCUUGUUCCUUUUCAUAGUGACCUCAAGUAUACAGAGAUUACAUUUUUAGGUGUAGCGACAGUGCAAGGAAUCUUGUCGUUUUAUGGCCCUUAAAGGAUAUAGUGUUAUCUGCAUCUUUUUCCCAUAUUAAGCACGUCGUCAACUUCUUCUUCCUUUCCCUAAUCUAGCUUUUCUAUUUCUCGCUGUAGCUUCUGGACAAGGCUUUGUUAAAAAUAGUUCUCAAUUUUAACCUUUGGGAGGCUUGGUAUUUGGCUUCUAAUUACCACAAUUUCCUUCUCCUUUUAAUUACCAUAAUUUGUUUCAAGAAACCAAUUGAACAAGAAGAAGGAUGCAGUGCUUUAUUCUCUAUCACGGUUAGGUACAUAUACCUCGAAGUCCGCGGUUAAACGUAUCCAGCUGCGCCUCGUUUUCAACCCACUCCUCGUGACUUAUCUUUGAAUGGACAAAUUCAGUGCAAUUUAUGAUUUCAUGCUACUCAAAAACGCUGUCCUAGCAAACCCAAGACACGAGUUUUAGUCGUAAAAAGCCAAUCAUUUAACACCUAAGCUGUACAUGACUUAUCUUAUUAUUUGUAUAUGUUCACAGCGGAAUGUUACUCUGGCGAUGGCGCAUACAAGACAUACAAGAAUGAUGGUCCAACUAAACAGUGCUAUACGUCUAAAUACCAACCAUGCAACUUUGAAUGUGAAAGUGUACCGUGCGCUGGAAGUAUACAUACCAUUUUUGUGUACAAGUUAGGAACACGUAAGUUUGUAUUACUACCAUAUCAUUCAUAAACAUUCGUCCUAUGGUCAAUUACUAUCUAUGGCUGGGAUAUCUACUCUACACAACCGGCGACUACAGGACAUAGCUAUUCUCAUGUAUAAAGUUAAAAACAACAUGUGCCCAGCAUACAUUAGCACACCUAGUAAUGUGAAAAAAGCUUCCACGUUGUCCUCCUUCAAAUAUAACAUCAGAAAAGUGGAUCUUAGCAUGCUAUUAGAUGACAAUAACUGCUCUAACUGCUCUCUUUGCACUUCUUAAUCUUUUAUUUAUUUAUUUUUUUUUUUAAACGUAAUGGAUACAUUUGUACAUAUUGUAUAUAGUUCUCUCGAAUUUCUCACUUGCUUAUACUGUACAUAGUUUUUCUUAAUUUUUAAUUAAUUAAUUUAUUGAUUUAUUUUUUAAAAUUUAUUUUAGUGUCCCCACUUAGUGGUUAUAUACCGCUAUUACAGUUUGACACUUUAAUAAAGGUAUCAUCAUCAUCAUCUAUUAUAGCAGCCUUUUAGUUUCCCAAAAGCUGUUGUACUCAUUAAGAGCAGGGCUUAAAAUGAAACACGAAUGCCGCGCGCAAUGCGCAAUUAAAUGGACGAACACAAGGCGCGUUCUACCUUCAGCAAUAUUUUUGAUUAAUAAACCAUAAAUUUCAUAGUGACUCCAAGGCUUUCUUCUUGUUCUUGUUGUUGCUUUUUAAAUUGCCUGUUUAAAAUUUUAUUUCCGUGCCUACUUCUUUCCUUUUUGAUACCAAAAUAUUGCCGGCUUAGGCAACAUUUCUCUGUUUUUUAAACAUUAUUCUACUUCUCAUGAACGAAAUAUUCUAAUUAACAAUUAUUCUUUGAAAUCGAGGUGAAUAGUGCAAAAUAUUUACCGAGCCACGAAGUGGCGAGCUAAAUAUUCCUAAAGCCACUAUUCACCGGUGGAUAAAAACAAGCCAUCAUGUCGUUAACUGUUUAUUGGUAAAUGAUCAAGUGGCUCACACUAUUCUGUUGAAGAAGCUUUAAAUAAUAUGCGUUGUAUCGAGAAGCGAUGUAUUCUUUCCACCUUUUUUUGAUCUCUCUUGGCUACACUUCCAAGUUAAGCGUGUUCGUCUCCCACAAGGUCAACUAGCCAUCGUUGAAUAUGUUUGCAUGAUCAGUUUGUGCUGAUGCAAGUGGUUGUCUACUAGCUAGCUUGUCUGGGGUACCCAUUUCAUCUUACACCUUCGUGUUUUAGUCUUAAUCAGUGGUUCCCAGAAAGCUAGAAUGAGCUUAAUCUCUCUUGUUGGUUCUUAUGUAAGAAAAAUAACAGCGUUAUGAUCUCUUUUAUUACAGCAAGCAAGACGUCUUCCUCGUGUUCUUCUUCGAAAGCUUCUCCAAGGCCAGGUGCUACUAUAUCUACUAAAUCCAGCCAGCCCACAGGUUCACCCUCUAAACGUAAGUGAUAUUAUAUAUACUGUACAUCAACGGGGUGGUCAAGUCCCGCCUAAAUAUGCCCUGUUUUCGUUUUAGAAAUCAUAAACUAGGGUUCAUAAAUACUGUACCCUCAACAUCCGGGCCCUGGGCCUCUACAGCCCCGAUAAGACGGCGAAGUCACGUUUAGACCAUUUCUUAACCCGGUCACCCCGCCAUUUUCGCCCCUUGGCCACUCCUGCCACUAGCUAGCUACAGGUGUUCUCGGUAGCCGCGAUUUACGCUUGUAGCAGUCAAACCGUUUUCCUCAGGCCAGUUGGAAUUCUUACUUGUUAUCUUAACGAAAAGCCGAAAAAGGCGUGUGCUUCUUACAGGCGUCCACAGGUAAGGAUUAACUAGAUACAAACAAUGUCACGUGGUCUUUCCAGGUGGUAACCUUGUUGCUGAGCUGAACGGUGGGUUUCCAAAGAAUCACUUUUUUGUCUCGAUCCUUUUCUUCAUUUUCUUAAGGAAAAAGUUUAUCCACGCGCAGUAGUUUGUCAAGGCCAACAAAAUUACCAUCCAGAGGAAGAACCUUACCCACAAGGGAAACGUUACCAACUACACAAUCAAAAACUCCCGGAUGUAAGUAUGAGUAACGGAAAGUUUAGAAUUGAAUAAUUAGUUUUCACUUAUUACAGUCAAUUAAUUUUUUUUUUUUAAGCGAAGGAGCGGGGCCUCUGAUUUGAAUAAUGGUUUUAAAAUGAUAAGCAUAAACAAUCGAGCUACCUCUACCAAAUGGCUAUCUCUUAACAAGAGCUACUUUUUCUUGUCCCGGCGGACAGUUCAUCCACUAUAAAGCUUUAGCAACGACGACGACGACGACUGCAGCAAGAACAUCACUGUUAAAUGUCACGCUUAUCAAACUUUGUUGCGCUUAUUCCAACUUUCUCAAAAUGCCAAAGGUUGGAGAAUUACCCUGGAGUUGAAUUCUUGGGGACCGCGCCCAAGUUUACAAGGAGAAGGAACAAUUCGUCCUCGUGAAUUACGUCUCCUAUAAAAAACCGCAUAGGAAAACUUCACGUGAUUAUCGUGCAGUGAUGGCAAAGAAAUUUACCAAAAAGAGUGAUGCAUGUGCAAAAUUGCCAUUUUGUUUUUUAAAUCUUUUCUGAUGUUCUCGUUACCGUUGCCGUCGUGGUUGUAAGUCCCUCAGUAUUAACGUAUACAGACCUCCUAAAAACCGGAACUGCCAUUAUAAGCGCGUCCCAAUUGCUAGAUCAACCUCCCUACAACGCUCAUCCAAAAUUAGUGAAGAAUGUGCAAUCUUUAUUCUUAGCCUUUAGUUUUGGUUUAUUGAUAUAUUUUGAUUGCGUUACGUAUGAUAUAUGCUUUUAUUGUUGUAACUUUUUUUAGAAAUGUAUAUAUUUUUUUCCUCUCACACGCACCCCCCCCCCAAAAAAAGUGCUUCAUAUUACACCCUACAUAACUUACACUGUACCUUUGUUCCCAUAAUGGCCAUUGUAGAGACGCUCCACUGUAUGACGUAUGAAAGGUUUAACCUAACUAUAUGUGUUUGCGCACUGCGAAUUGUGUUUGCGAAAUACGACUAGUAGUAGUGCAAUUCUGCCACGAACAGGCCUCAAAUAUUUUUAUUUUAUUUUAUUUUAUUAGCUUUGCCCUGAAGAAUACAAAAAAAAUGCUGCAAGCAAUUUGUACAUGCUUAACAAGCUUACCGCUUAUUCAAGAUAGAGGAAAAAAGAAAGAUGCCAGGUUUUCUAUAAUCUAGAAAGUACAACUGAAAACAAAAAUCUUGAGAGGACAAGAGUGAAUUAAAAAAAAAUUCACAGUCUAAGCGCUUUGUACUUCUUAAUAAAAAGAAGUCAAAUAGAGUUGCUAUACAAUAGAUAACGAUAAACAAAUCAAAAAACCUGUCAUCGUUGUUUGCAGGUUGUACGGUAUACACACCCAUUCCUUCGAUUUGUCCACCUCAGUGUCAGACGUCAUGUUCAGAAGUUUGCCCUUCAACUUGUUGCGUAGCAACACCUCUGCAGCAAUUAACAGUAUAUUCGUCCCCGGUGUCCCCGCUGCCAAUGUCUACGUGGUGUCCCUAUCCGUGUUCAUCAUCGUACAUGAAACGUAAAGAUAUCCUGUGGAAAAGAAAAUACCGUAACUUACGUCGAGGACGGCAUACCUUACUGAGUCUCAAACGAUCAUUUUCAAGCAAGGCAAGCGGAGAUAUUACGAAAAAGCAGUCGAGUCAGGCAUACCUGGGCGACACACAGCCGCUUAACAACAAAAACUAAAGAUUUGCGUGCCACCAAAAAAAGGAAUUUUGGCUAAUUAAAGACUGAAUCACCCUUUUAAAAUCCUUUAUUCUAAAAGCAAAUAGUAUUGCGCAUAUUAUUUUAAAGGAACUUUAGUGAAAUAACUAAGCAGGUUUUGAAAACAGUACAACAACUAAAUACUAUAAUACUAACAGCUUAUUGUUGGAGAACUCAUGUUAGUCCAACGUGAACGAGUCAUUUCACAAAACUGAAAGCAAGUCAUCUAAGACAUCUAUGAAGGCCUAACCCUGUUUAAGACAAAGCAACUCCAUUUCAUUACCUUGUUAAAGACAAGAGACCCUAUUUUAUGAUCCUGAUUCGUUUCUCUUUACAUACAGAAUUCUAAUUCUGUAGUUUAAAAACUAGAAUCAUGGUAUUAUACUAAUGAAAAAAAAAAUUGUUAAAUACCACGAUGCAAAACGCUAUAUUAUGGACAAAUUUCACACACUUUUAAAGGACUUCCCGUCUAAAAAGACACCAUAUUCAAACAUUAAAUAGUGAAACUGUAUGUCCUGACUCAAGAACAUGAAAAGUAUACCUUCAGCUGCUCAUACCCGUUUAGUCCAAAUAAAGGAGUGCCCCCCGGGACGUCAGAAAGGAACUCUCUCGUAUUAGAUUAUAAGGCAGCAGUCUUAAAAACCUGUCAACUAGAGGAUUUUUUCGUAAUGAGUAUGUUGCAUGGUACGCAGCAAGCAGGAAUCGGCCUUCGGAUCUUAACAUCUACAGCAAAAUAUAAUCAACAUUUUCUGCAACCACUGAUCAUCCUGCUGGCACAGAAGACCUUUCCUAGUCUGCUUUGCCUUUAAUUAAUUUGAAAUGCUUGUAGCUGUUAGCUGCGUUAAGUAGAGUGUAAUAAAAUUAUGAAACGAAAUGCCUCAAAAUAGCCAUGAUCUCUUUUGGCCAAUCCAUGUCUUCAAAACAUAUUCGAUGUAAAUAUGUUAUGGGUAAAGCCGUAAAGGUCCUUACUUUACAGAUCGAUGUACGUCGGUCACUAGUAACAGUACUCAAGAAACUGAGUCGAACCUGAUUAGUUCGACGGUGCAUUAUUUUACCCCCCUCUCUCCACCGGUACUCUGUUUUACGGGUAUUUAAAGCUACACGAAAUGGAAUGGAGAUGAAAAUAAAAUGAUUUAAGGUCACAGAUGAGAAUCGAACUCGAACCUCCCGCACAGAGGACCGUGCACCAACCGGCUGUGCUAAUCCUUGUUCCUAAUAUAAAGAGUUUAGUUUAUCGUUUGUCUCACGAUUGUCAAUUUGAUAUUGAUCGCUACGUUUCGACCGAACACUGCAGAUCUUCAUCAGGUGAUAUUGUCGAUUUACUGAGUCGGACUAUUUGUUAACCACCGUGGUCAUUAGUGAUUGGUGUAUCACGAACCUCUCUCAUGGUUGGUGGGUUUCGAUCCAAAGCAUGGUUGGUAUUGUCACAAGAGGAAACUGAUUACUCAGCGGUUCCGGUUGUGGUAGCGAUUGGCUGUUAUGUUGUCUGAUUGUAGGCAUCCUUGUUCUACUGUUCUUCUGUUUUUUUUCUCUGCUUGCCUUUAUAAUAACCUUUUUUUAGUAUAAAUGAAGACUUGGAUAAACAGCUGUAUGUUGUUCCAUGUACUUAUCAUUGAUUGUUGACAAACUAUUUAAGGUUACCAGACAAGUUUCCAUAACACUAGGUGUGGCUGGAUUAAAGCCAGUUGACCACCCAAAACCCGUGUAUUUAAUGUUAAAACCAGAGCAUUCAGACUAACAGAUAGUAAUUUUAACAAGAUGUGCUUGUCUCAGCAAUUUUGUACACUUACAAAUAUACAUGCUAUUCACUUUUGCAGUCAUUGUCGUUUUAUGCUGUUUAUUAAUCAUAUGUUAUUAAAGAACCAAUGAAUCAUUGAAUAGAAACAGGACUAGUGACCUUUUGUUUUAACCAGAGAAAAAAGAAAAAUAGUCUCCAUAAAAGGUUUGCAAGUGAAAAUCGUUUUCUAAACAAACCAGAAAUCAUUGGCGUGAGAUAAGAUUUAAUCAGAUCAACAAAUCUGGGGAAUCUAUCGUGGUUCUUGCUCCUAAAGGUGGGUAGGCUACAAUUCAUUUUUCCUGUUUUUAUCUUAUUAAUAAACUUUUCAAAUCACUUAAGUUUAAAUACUUUUUUACGAUACCUUUUUUAAAUUCAAGAUUACCUCGUUAAAGUGAUUUCCGAUUACUUUUGAUUCGAAAAGCAAGUUAGAGCAGGUUCUAACAUUAGAACAUCCAGAGAAAGAAACCAAUUAUGCAAAGGAGCUUUUUUCUUUUAUCACUGCUAUGAAAGCUGUGAACAUGAAAUCUUAUUUCAAAAACUACGCGAUAAAAUUUGUAUGAUAAGAUGCAAACUUGGUUGUUUUGGUCAUAACCUCUCGAGCGGAAACUGUAAACGAUGAAGAUACUAAAAUGAGAAUGACAUUCUAACGGUUUUUCGUUUCAGCCCAGAACAAAAUUAUUAAGAGAAAUAAAAUUUUAGAUUAUAUUUACAGUUAGAUACGUAUUUUGCUCUCUAUUUACUUCAAUCCGAAAAAUUCCAGCAAAAAAUUGUUUUAGUAGAUUACUUAAACGGUGUUUUGCAGUGACUAAAGCCAAUUACGUUUCUAAGCCAUAAGGAUAUCGUGAUCCGUUGAAACCAUGGAAUUGAACAAGCUUAUCAAAUUUGACUAGUUCGUCAGUAAUGCUAAAAUUUAGCAGUUUUAUGUUUUAAAGGACGUUUUGGACAGCAAACAUGAGGUACCCGUUGGCAUGGGCUUUAGCUGUCACUUCGUCAGUCCUCUUCCUAGGUAAGUUUUAGCGCGGCCCUUUGGUUAUCUAUGCAUCCGGCCAGCAAAUUUUGGCUCGAACAAAAAUGUCCGUCUAUACUUACGUCCAUCCAUUUAUGUUAGCGAGUGUGAAAUGUCACACUUUCUUGCUUGGAGACCAAGGCACAUACAAUCUGUGUUCAACUUUAUAUUGGACAUCCAUGCAAGGUUGAUUGGACAGCUAUUGAUCCAUGGGUAAUUCAUUUGCCGAUAGCUGUCCGAUCAGCCUUUCUUUCCCCCAAUUUAAAGUGUUAUUCUAUGUUACCGGCUGAUCCCGAUCGACUGCACUAAGAUCCGGCUUUCUCUCGCUGCUGUUUGUCCAAGUGGUCUACAACAACGACAACUAACAAUUCUUCUGUUGGGACACUAAUAUUACUAAAAAUAUUCUUCAACGCCAACAGUUCGUUGAAAGUUUAGCAAAGCUUUUGGAGCCCAUCUGGAUCCCUUCAUCAGUGAUGACGAUUAUUGGCCAGGAAAACCAUCUGCUUUCACCAAGAUACGCGAGUUCAUAAACAUUCAUACUUUGCGACCGGAAAUGAACCGUGAUCAGGGCUACAAUCUUCCCUCAAUUUAUUGAACAAUCAGUUGCAGCCUCAUCAAAACGAGGCCGCAAUUAACAGCAAAUGUCAUCACUGAUGAAGGUAUCCGGAUGGGUUCCGAAAGCUCUGCUAAACUUUCAAACCGUACAAAUUCAACCAGUAAGAGAACUGCGAUGGCUAAUGAAAAGAAAAGAAGAAAUUCCGUGUUGCAUAAAAUGAUACAUUGCGAUUAAGCAAGGAUGUCUAGGAGCUAAUUAAAGUAACAAAAGUCUUCGUGCUAGCGACUUCCGGUAGCUAUACAAUGAUAUCUUUCGCUUAUCCAUGUUAUCGUCAAUUGAUAGCUAUCCAAAUAGGGUAUCUGCUGACAAGUGUCACAUGACUGUAUCAUGUGCUCAGGUGCACAACUCAUCGACUUGACGUGUUUUUUUAGUUCUCAACUGAUCAAUCAAGGAUUGCUGGUUUUUAAUUGAUCGCAGGCUGAAGUCCAUUUUUUUGUUUACUUCUUGUUUUUGGCGAAGUUGAAUUGCUUCAGAAAGACCAUUUAAUUUUUGAAUGAUCUUCGCUUUUGGCCUUAACAACCUUAACUAAAUCAUAUUAAUAUUUUCCUGAAAAUUCACUUCAAAUUAGAAAAUACAAGGAGCCCAUGAUUAGUAAAAAGAUUUAUUUUUUGUAUCAUAUAAGGCAACAGCCUUGUCUGAUUUCUUUCCAACUGAUUUCUUUUUUUAUUAUUAUUAUUUUCCCAGGAACAAACUGUGUCUUCGGUAGGUAGCACGCUUGACUAAGAAUACCUUGCUAACUCUCUCUUAAACUGAACGAAACUGACUUUUGUGCAACUUUCUUGAAUUAAUGUUUCAUAAUUUUCUAACACCUGAAUGUUUUUUUUUUCAGGUCAGUUUUCCAGCGUAGGUAAGAACAUAAAUUUCUACCUCAUUAGUUUUUUCUUUUAGGUGAGAUAUGCGAAUGCCAAAAGGGAGAAAAAAUUACAAUAAAGAAUAGUUACUAUCAUGAAGUAAGCACUGUGGAAGAAUUUAAAUUAUAUAUCUGCGGCGGUUGUCGCAAGAAUUUUCUUACACUCUUCACUAAAUCCUACUUCUCUUCUCAUGCACCUACCAAACUGAGAAACUUACGGCGUUGACGUCAGUGAAAACAUGACUGAUAAAGUGAAUUCAUGUUCUUUAAAAGCUUUAUCGCCUUUAUUUCAACUCGCUAAACAUGCAGGCGGAUUCUCCGGGAGGUGAAUCGCAUCUUCUCCGAUCUCUGGUAGGUCCUCCGAUCUAUACUUCGUGGCAUCGGAAACUUCCACGUUUUAGUCGUGAAGUGACCGCUCUGCAUGCACGUGCAAAAUUGUUUAUAUAUUUCCCUGGGAAAAAAAGCAUAAAAACAGUUAAUUAAAGUUGAAUUAAAUAUAAUUGUUUAAUUCUUUUCUUCAGUGACCCAAGGGGUGAGAGUAAAAAGAGUAGGAUGUUUUAAAGAAGACCCGGCGAAAAGAAGCAUAAACACUCUUCUCUUCAGCGACUUAAAAUCCAUCCGAUCGACUGCAAAGGUGGAUUUCAAAAACUUUGGACGUUACACUCAAGGCCUCAUAAGUCGGUGCGGAGCUGCUGCUGCAGCCAAGUCUUUCCUGUUUUUCGCAAUUAACAACAUAGGUAAGCACACUAGAAAAGGACUUUAUAAUUAAUUUAUGAAACUGGCUGCCGAUUGGAAACUGUGAGAUAGACAUCCAGAUUAUAACCCUCUUCCUAAAAGACCGAUUCAACUAAUCCAGGAUAAAUUUUUUACUCCACAAUCGAAUUUACUUUUCUUUAAUAGAUUAUCCACGCUAAGUUUACAUGGCGCUGAUCAAGCAAUUUUCGUUCAGCUGAAAAAUUUGACCCGACGUUUCGUUCACACUGAACCGUUCAAUAUUUCGCUCCGUUGACGGGGAACUGACAAACCAGCUUGAAUAGACCAAUUUUGAUAUAUUUAAUAUAUUAUUAUGGGCAGUUGGUAAAACCACUGAUAAAAGUUAGAAUAUUGCAAUUUCGAUGUAUUAAAAUUCAUUUUUGGCUCCGAGUCUUGGGAGAAUAAAACAAAAGACAAGUUGUAUAAUUCACUGCUGAUCCUCAAGCUGAUUUCUUUUGUUUUAUUCCCCCAAGCCCCACAGCCAAGUAUGAAUUUUAAUAUAUCGAAAUUGCAAUAUUUUAACUUUUAUUAGCGGUCUUACCAACUGCCCAUUCGCAGAGGGCAACUUCAGCAAUUCCAAAAUGGCGUCACCUAGCUGAGUUACUAUACGUAUCCAUGUAACCACGCCUUUGCCUUACAAAAAUUUAGGCCUAGUUCAGCCGCCAUACUUUUCAUGUGGCGUCUGAACCGGGCCUCAGACGGUUAUGGCGUUCACACGCGAAGGUCAAAUUUUCAAAUGAACAUUUGACCUCGGCGCACGAAUUUUCCCGCAGCCGGUGGAAGAAACGUCGGUGCCGCGUGAACUAAGCUUAAGAGUUUCUUUUAAUCAACUUUAUUAGCAACUUUAGAGAAAAAAAAUCUUACAUAAGAAUGUCAGACAUAUUGUGCGCACAGACAAAGGUAUUAUAUUUACUACCGAAGAAAGUUUUACUGAAUAGAGAAGAUUUGUUUGAGCCGGCUAAAAGGCAUUUUCAUUUGGAAUGAGGGGGACGCAGUCACAUCAAGCUAAGAGUCUAUUUUAAACCAGGAGCCCAUGGGUUAUGGGCUCCUGUUUAAGCUCAAUAAUUAACUUGGAUAUAAUUUCGGAUGCAAUAGCUUUCUUAUGCAUUGUUUUGGAUGCGUACUAGUGGUACUGUUUUACAUAUAACAGUGGAAGAUGCAGUUCCUUUAUCUGUUUAUAAGUCGAAUAGAUUGAUAGUUACAGUUAGUAGAUUGAGAAAAAUCUGUAGCGAAGUAAGGCUAACUUAGCCUUGAUUAAAGUAUCAUUUGACUAAACAAUAUUGGAACUGGGGGUAAAGGCUCCGCAACAAUGAAUAGAGUUUCUUCAGUGACCGUUCCUAUACAAGAAAAUUUAAAAAACAAAUUGGCUUAAGGAUUAAACUUCAGCAUCUUUUUAUUUUUUUUUCUAUAAGGUGAAUGCUACUCAGGUAAGGUGUCCACCACGUAUGCCUCAAAGGGAUCCUCGACAGAUUGCAAAAACGGUGGAGGUACAAAGUGUACGGGAACCACGCAAGAUUGUGUUGGUGGUAGUCCUAAAUCAAACUAUGUGUACAAGUUAGAAAGUAAGUUUCCCGCCUAGAAUCGUGUCCUUCCUCAUUUUGUUCGCCCAAUAACUUUGUAUUUCGCUAUUUUCACUGGAUGAAACCCUUUACUUACUAUCAACAGAUAUUCUGCUUCCAAUUCGAUUCAGGUUAUUGUUAGCAGACAGAUUUUAAUCCCAGAAAAUAUAUUUUUAAAACGUCCCCUUACCAUUUUUACAUCAAUAUCAACAUUAAGCUUUUCCUCUCGGUCGGGCUGAUUAUCUUCGAUCAGCGCACGCUAGUGGUUAUUUUUUAAGUAAAGAUAUCAAAGUCUUUUUUUUGGAGUUCACCUUUCCACAAACAAACAUUUUUUAACUUUAGAGCUUCCCAAGACUACGAAACCUACCGCAAAGCCAACAACGAAACCGGGUGGGACCACGACAAAGCCUACUACUCAGGCCGGAGCGGCCAAACUAAACACUCUGACCUGUAAGUUACAUCACUUAAGAUUUUAUCUUUAGUUAGCAAAGAUUUCCAUAACGUUCGUGUCUUAUUUAGGGUAGGAAAAUAGGUUUUAGUUUCGUAAAAAAUCAAAAACUCGUAUGAUGAGUCUACUGGGCGGGCUCUAGUGUAUUAAAUUUGCUGCUUUCUAGAACACAACGUAAGUUCUGCUGCUCAUGCUUGCGGGCCUUUUUUUGAGCCUUACUCUACACGUUACAGCCUGCGGAAUGCUCAUAUUUACAACGAUACUAGGAAUGUGUGUCUCGCAAACCCUGGCGAAACUCGGUUAUAUUAGCGCCGCUAAAGUUAAGCUGUGUCGGGCGAGGUUAUAACAAGGAACUGGAUAGGUUACCUGCCGCGAAUAUCCUGUCAAGAGAACCUCUACUUCUUUUCUUUCUCUUCUUCCUCUUCUUCUUCUUAUUUUGUUCUUAUUUUUAUUCUUAAAUGCGCGUAUUGUAAAGCAUAUUUAUCAUUAAUUCGGCCGCCGGAUAAAAAAAGGAAAAACAAAAACAAAAACAAAAAACACGCCUUUGAAAUGCUUGCAAACUCAACCUUGGUUCAAAGGGCGAAGUGCGAAGCUGAAACCAGUCUUUGAUGCAUCGGCGGGGAGAGUGCCGAGUUAAUAGCAGGUUUGCCUUGUUGUAACAUGAAUUCCAUGGCAGAUUUCAGGGAAGAAGUGAAAUUGUUGGUGAAUUCUUGUGUUUUACUCCAUUAAUGAAGUAGCAUCAUACUUUUUUCAGAAACUAACCCGCUAAGUCAAUUCUGUUCACCAGGUCAGAAUUACUUGGUUGCCAUAAAAAUAACCGCCGGCGCAAGCGCAGGUAAGCCGCAGGUCCCAACUCCAGCAGGUGCGUCACCAAAACGUACUGCGAAAGGCCAGUCCACUAGACCCACAGUAGCAACACCAACGACCAAGGCUACACCCUCACCACAAUCAUCAAUCGAGAAUAAGGUAAGAUUAAUUCUACUUUAUUAUAAACGAUAAUUACCUGCACGGUGAUGUUUUUUGUCGUAACUUUGGUUCUUUUGAUAAUAUUAUAAAUUCAGUAACUUAAGAGUCUUUGAGAAAUACGUCUGUUUAGUACGCGACAAAGGGCACUCGAAAAGGUUCAAGUUCUCACCUAACAGAAGUCGAAUCUGUGACAUCAGGAUACUGGUAAAUAUUUCGUGUCUGGUACGAUCCAUUCCUUCCUCCACGUCCUUCAGAGGUUAUAUGUAAGCCAAUUUUUUUGAAAACCAACCUAACAAAAUUUUGCCGUCAUUUGAGUGAAAAGGCGCCAAAAGACAGACUUUUGGGAGCGAUAAGCUCCGAAAUCACACUAACGAGUCCACUAACGAAGGAAACGGAAAGGAGGGGGAAAGAAGAAAGGAGGAGAGGAGAAAAAGCAAUGGUUGCACUCUUAGUUUUUAUAAUGGCUACUUUGGCCGAAAAAAACUGUUGGACGCAAAGGGUCCAUUUGGCGGUAAAG